CCCUCCCCCUCCCCCUCCGCCCUACACACCCCAAUCUCACUUAUCGUCCCUAACAAUCCCCCCCGAGGAAUUGCACGAGCAAUAGCGGCGCUGACCCUUUUAAGUGGACAGUAAGGACUGAUCAGAGAUAGAUGCACACGCCCAAGGAAGCACUGCGGGCGGCUGGCAGUUCGGGUCGAACACACGGGCGCUCGUAGGUGAUAAGGAAGACGGAGAGACACUUCUGGCGGGCAUGAUAACACGACUCGAAUUUUAUGAACACACAGGGAGACUAUAGAAAUCGCCUCAUCUAGUGAUGCUCCAAGACGUGGCUAAUCUCGGCCUAGACAUCGACAGGGAACCGUAGCCCCUUGGGUGAUAUUUGUACAAUUGAAGCCUACGUUGCAGUGACUAUAUUGUUGACCAAGAGCUUCGAAUAGUUGGACCGUGCGUCACCUAAGCUAGUGAGAGAGAGAGAGAGAGAGAGAGAGAGAGAGAGAGAGAGAGAGAGAGAGAGAGAGAGAGAGAGAGAGAGAGAGAGAGAGAGAGAGAGAGAGUAUGAGUUAGGUUGACGUACGCACUUCAUUGAAAAGAAGGGAAAAUCAAGAAUAAGAGAGAAAAAACAGAAAAGAAAAGAAAAAGAAAAGAAAAGAAAAGUCAUAAAAAAGAGAAAGAAAGAAAAAAAAGAAAGACAGAAACAAACAAACAAACAAACAAAAAACGCACACCUCCCCCGUUAAUUGGUCUUUCCAAUUCUGUGCGCAUCCCCAUUCCGGUCUACGUUGACCGCGAUUCGUGUGUGUGCGCCAGCGUUGGUCCGUCAGCCCUCCUUGCCAUCCCGUGACACCCCGCGCGCGAUCCUGGCGAGGAUGGUGCAAGGCAACGCGUCCUCUGCAGGAUUCACUCGCCUCCUGAUGGCGACGUUUCCGAUCCUACUCCUGGUGACAGCUGCUUGCGCCUCGCUGCAGACUGCAGCUACAUGUACCGGCAUGCGCUGCGGAGAGGACCGAAAGUGUGUGGUGCGCGACGGUGCCCCGAGGUGCGUGUGCAGCCCCCAGUGCCACCUGAAGCACAAGGCACCCGUGUGUGGCUCCGAUGGGCGGACUUACGUUUCGGAGUGCCAUCUCCUGAAGCGGGCGUGCAGGAAGAGGCGGCGGCUGCUCGUCACGCAUUACGGACCUUGUCAGACAUGCAGCGGUGUGCGUUGCAGCGCGGGCAAGACCUGUGUCCUGGACGAGCAACUGAUCCCACGCUGCGUCCGAUGCCCCACGACCUGCCCAGCCCCCGAGAAGCCCCGACCGAUCUGCGGCGCCGACGGACGGACGUACCCCUCGCCGUGCCACCUGAAGCGGGCAUCUUGCCGCGCUCAGAAGGAGAUUCCGAGAGCCUACAAGGGCGCCUGCCGAGAUGGCGCCACGUGCAACCAGGUGCGCUGCUGGCGGGACCAGCGAUGUCUGACGCACGUGAGCACGGGGAUGCCCCAGUGCACAUGGUGCGGCUCCCUUGACUCGUGCAGGACAUCCUCCCGCCCCAUCUGUGCCUCCGACGGUAAGGUGUACCCCUCAUGGUGCGCCCUUCGCCACGAGGCCUGCCGCUCCGGCCGCGCCCUGCCCCCCGCCCUCCACCACCACUGCUCGGCGAACGGCACCAAAACCGACGACUGCAAGCUCGACUCCGGCAAGCGCGGGAAGCAGCGGAAGGAGAAGCGCAAGCAGAAGAAGCUGAAGGAACGUCGACGGCGCCUGCAUCGCCUUCAGGACCUGGGUGUUGUCGUCACGACCCCGAGCUCGGUGGCGGACCGGGUCGACAACGAGCAACCGAACGCUUCUGAGGUGUUCGUUGGGUCGGCGGAGGGCGAGAGAGGCCAGGAGGAAGGGGAUGAGAGAAGAGACUCGGAGAGGAAGAAGAAGAGGAGGAAGAGGAGGAAGGGCUGCAGGACCGAAAGAGGGAAGAAGAAAGGCGACAGACGAGCGAAGGGGGGAGGGGAGUGAUCGCCUUUCGUCACCGCUUAGAAACCCUACCCCCUACCCCCCCCCCCCCAGCGGCGACGCAAUCGACAGGGAGACUUUCAAGAUCUCUCGUAGCCAAACGAAACACGAGUAAAAUAAGAAAGAAAGAAAGGAAGGAAGGAUAAGACAAAAUAAUAAUUCAUAAUAAUGAUAAUGAUAAUAAAAAGGAUCGAUCAAAACUUCCGACUGUAUGGUUAUUUUAUUCUUAAAGACUAGUGAUCUGCUUUGAAUGAGGUUUUGUGGAUGAGGAAUAGAUAUUAGUGGCUUUAUAAAGCUGUUCAUUGCAUCAUACGUGGGUGAGACUAGAAUGCGCGCUAUAGUGAAUGUUAUGAUAAUUAAUUAACGAAUCUGUGUGAAAAAUAUAGGAUGGACAAUUCUACUGAGCACAAAUGAUAUUAUUUUAAGACUUCUAUACAGCUCUAAUUGUAUGUGUUACACUGUAAGAAAUAUAUAAAUGUACUGUGUUGUUUCACACUACGGUAAAAUCUAUGAUGCUUUCGUGGUAUUUUUUAACAUAUUCCAACGACGUCGAAAAUGUGUCUGGAAUUAAUCAAGCCAGUCUCUAUCUGUUUCUCUUAAUGCUUAUAAAUUUGUUUUUUUUUUUCUUGCAAUUCUCUUAUUUUGUUAUACUCGUUAUAUCUUAUCACUGCAGUUGUUCCUUAAUACAUAUAUUUCUAUAACGUAACCAGGACAUUGUACAAAAUACAUUACAGUAUACUUCAUUACGUAUGGUUACAGAGCUAUUUCGACCUUUUGUUUCGUUAUCUGUGUUCGUAUUGUGUUGGCUAUACACAAAACCAUUACUCUCUCUCUCUCUCUCUCUCUCUGUCUCUCUCUUUUAAACUCUUCUUAUUCGUAACUGACGUGGUUUGAUAUAAUAAGCACUACUUGGUUUAUAUUUCAUCCAUUAGCUCGCAUUUAUUUAUUUUUCUUCUUCUCUCUUUCCUUACCACUUCGUAGCAUUUCGUAUGGUUUCAUAGCGAUAAUCGUUUAGGAAAAGGAUUACCCAUUCUGCGUUUAUUAAGCAUCGGCUUUCAUAUCUCCUUCCAGUCUUCGCAUCUUAACGUUACAUUUCAUAAUGCAGACUCUUUUUUUUUUACUAUACCUUUAUGCUGACGAAUCAUUUGUAACACAAUUUUCAGGAGAAAAUAAAAUUAACAUAAGAGUUUUUAAUAGAUAUGCAAAGUCUUGAUUAUCUAUCAAAUCGCCGUGUUUCUUAGCAAUGGGUAUUCCGUUUCCUUGUCAAAAACCUAAUUCUGUAACUCUUCUAAUGUUGCACUUUUUCAGACAUACGUUUACACUGAUCUGCCAAUAGCUAUGUGAUAUCUGUACUGUAGGUUUUACAUAGUGUGCGAAUCCCCAGAAAGUUAUAUUACUUAUUGAGAUCGACGGAAACAGGUUUAACUAUUCCUGUAUCUAGAUUUACUAAAAGGGCGGUAGAAAAAAGAAGACUGUACUUUUCCCAUACCUAAACCAACACAAGCAUAGCUGCUACGAUGUUCAAAAUGCUGGCCAUUUUCCCCAGCCCCCCCAAAAGAAGGUAUUAAAUGACUAUAAUUUGAGGUGUACAUUUCCCGUUCAAAAUGCAGAAUUUCAGCACGAUUAUGACUCCAAAGUCUCGUUUUGCUUUGAGUUCGACGAAUAGAUGGUCACUAUCACCUGGGCAAUUUGCUGGAGUUGAUUGGGAUCCAAACAAACACAGAUGACACGACUAAAGUGAUUGGUGAGGAGACUGUGUGCUUUGGUCGCUCUUUCCGCCUGUGGUUUGGCUAAUGGGGGACGCUUUAUAAUACUGAAAGAGUGUUUGUAGAAGUGGGUGGGAACUCUGUACUGAGUGUUCUUGCUUUGUUGCAGAAAGUAAUUCACUCGCAAUUGUGAAUAAGUUUGCAUAAGAGAAAAAAAAGUUCUCUGCAACUGUGCUCUUUUGCAGUCUACUGUGUAAGUACCUACAUAGACAGUGAAAUAGUUCUUCUUAAGUUUUAUGCAUUAUGUGUCUAAAUAUUGUAGUGUUAUAACGAGUUGUUAUAACAAACUUUGAAAUCAGAUGUCUGAAAGGUCCUAGGUACAGAAAGCUGAAUAAUAUUUAUGUACAAUUAAUAAUUCAAAAAUAUGAAAAGAAUACCGUGGUUCUGUAUUACUACUUUAGUGUGUACAGAAUUAGCAUAAUAAAAGAAUAUCUUGACAGUAUGUAGAAUUAUGAUUCUGGAACUAUUCUCUUUUAACACACCUUUCAGCGCAUUUUAGAAGGAUUUUUGAGAUUUCAUUUAAUUAUAAAAUAUAGGAAAAAGUUUAUACAUGACGUUGGUAUAUUGAAAAAUCGUAAUUAUUCUAAUGUGUUUGAUAAUUGUCUAUAUUACGUGAUUCAUAAAGCUCAUUGAAAGAGUACUAUUGUGAAAAUAAUAGACAAAUAUAAAUUUUAUAUUAUAAGAAAGAUUACAUAAACAGAGUGAGAGACAAAGAGAGAUAGAGAUAAAGAUAGA